AACCACAGAUCUGUGGAUGGUGGCUGUCUCAAAUCAUAAUGUCUUUUCCUGUAAUCCCAGAGAGACCCAUUGAUGUUAAGCUCAGGGCUCUGUGGAGGCCAAAUCCAUCACUUCCAGGACUCAUUUUCUUCUCUAUGCUGAAGACAGUUCUUACUAACAUUGGCUGUAUGUUUGGGGUUGUUGUCCUGCUGAAAUAUACAUUUGGGGCAAAUCAGAUGCCUCCCUGAUGGUAUUGCAUGAUGGGUUAGUAUCUGCCUGUAUUUCUCAGCAUUGAGGACAUCAUUAAUCUUGACCAACUUCAUUUGCAGAAAUACAUCCCCAAACUUGUAUGCAGACACUCAUUAUUGUACAUCUCUCAAGCCCUUUUGUGAAUAAACUGCCUUCUACUAUUCUAUUUCGACUUGAAUGUCCAAGAGCACCUGCUGCCAUUUUUCUGCACCCUAGUUCCUAGGUUUUAGUGCAUAGUUGAGUCGCUCAGUCUUGUUUCUAUGUCAGAGGAAUAGCUUUUUGUCCAUAAUACUUCUAUGAAGACCACUAUUGGCCAGACUUCUGUGGACAGUAGAGUGUGUACCUACUAGAUGGGUCCCAAUGGUUUUUUCCAGUUAUUUGCUGAUGUCCCUGAUGGACAUCUUCCUAUAUUAAAGGUAAUUAAGCAUGAUGUGAAUUUCACCUGCUGAAUUACGUUUCCGUGGAUGACCACUUUGUCUACAGUCCUCAACAUUGCCCAUUUCUUUGUGCUUCUUUAAAAUGGCUUCAACAGCACAUCUUGAAUCCCAAGUGUGCUUUGAAAUCUUUGCUUGGGAGAAAUCUUGCUGAUGCAGUAUAACUACUGCCUUGUUGCUGUGAGUAGCAUGUUCCUGUUCCUCACCCUCACCCUCACCCAGUUUAUGCUUCAGUUAAUGACGGUGUUUUAACCUACAUAUGAAAUCAAACAAAAAACCUAUUUACAGUUCAUAUAUAAUAAUAUAUAUUAUAUAAUAUAUAUAAUAAUAUAUAUUAUAUAAUAAUAUAUGCACCCUUCUUGGGGAUAACUUUAACAAUUCCCAUAUAACUUGUAAGUCUGUGUAUAGUUUCUGGCAGUAUUUCAUUUGAAGAUGCCAGUAUUGCCUCCCAGAGUUGUUGUUUGGAGGUAUACUGCUGCCCAUUCUCAUAGAUCUUCAUUUUAAGGAUGCUUCAGAGGUUCUCAAUAGGAUUGAGGUCAGGGGAUGAUGGUGGCCACACCAUGACUUUUUCUCUUUUUAUGCCCAUAACAAUCAAGGAAUCAAUGGUGUUUUUUGCAGCAUGGGAGGGUGCAUUAUCCUGCAUGAAACACAUUUUAUUUUGGAAGGUGCAAUUCUUCUUUCUGUACCAUAGAACAAAAUGGUUUGACCGGAACUCCACAUGCUUUACAGAGGUCAUUUUGACACUGUCAGGGACCCUGAAGGGACUUACCAUUUGACUUCCCAAUAUUCCAGCCCAAAUCAUCACUACACCACCUCAUUUCUGAUGUCUCAGUCUUGUUGGAACAGGGUGGUCUUUCAGCACCUAUCUAGAACUCCGUCCAUCUGGACCAUCAAGUGUAGUAUGGCAUUUGUCAGUGAAUGAAACUGUUUGAAAAUUAGUCUUAUGUUAUUCUGAGCCCAUUGCAAACAUUUCUCUUUGUGAGUUUAGGUUAGGGGAGGUCGAAACUGGUAGCCUCUGAAGGAUAGUGCAUCGAGAGGUUCUUGUGACAAAUACCUGUUCGCUGCUCAGCAGUGGCUUUUCGUAUAGCUGCUCUUUUAAUAACAUAAAUUUGUCUGACAGAAACCUUUCUUAAUAAACCUUUAUCUGAUCAAAUUCUUCUCGGCUGUGAAUCACUGGCAAAUGCUUUGACAGUUCGAUGAUUAUGGUUUUUGAGAUAUAUCAAUUGUUUUCAUGCCUUUUGCAAGACAUUUUUCUUUUGCACUUUUUCACACUUUUCAUCUUCAGAAAAUUCUUUCUUCCUCCCCAUAUUGCAUGAGAACUGUGAUUUGCUUAAUAAUGUGGAACAACCUCUAAGUUGGUUUCCCUUAAACUAAGCUCACCUGGCAAACUAAUUAACUAACUUGUCUAAGAUUGAUACCAUUGUCUUAAAACAUGGGAAAUAUAACAAACUCUUUCUUUAAGAACGUAUAUAUAAUAUAAUAUAUGUUUUAAACCCUUCCAAAGACAUCUUGGAGGCUUGUGUCUCUUUCAUUCAUGGUUUUCAGGUUUCAAAUGUCUGAUAACAUUCACAAGGACUUCCUUGCUCCGGAGGAACCUUUUCCAGUGCUCUUGCAGCAGGGAAACCUGAGUGAAGAUGGCACGCUGGACGUUAGUGACUUUGGCUGUCGGCAAUCAUCUUGUCAUCGGACAGACCCUCUGCACCGCUUCCACAGCAACAGAUGGAACCUGACAUCAUGUGGCACCAGUGUAGCAAGUUCAGAGUGCAGUGAGGAGCUCUUUUCGUCUGUGUCUGUGGGAGAUCAAGAUGAUUGCUUCUCUCUCCUGGAUGAUCAGGAGCUCACUUCUUUUGACUUCUUCCCAGAAGGAAGUGUCUGCAGUGAUGUAUCAUCUUCUAUCAGCACAUACUGGGACUGGUCAGACAGUGAGUUUGAGUGGCAGUUGCCAGGAAGUGAUAUUGCCAGUGAUGUAGUCUCAGACAUCAUACCCAGUAUACCAAGCUCACCCUGCCUUGUUUCAAAACGAAAGCUUAAACCUCAUCGGAACCUGGAUGAAUUGCCCUGGACUGCGAUGACCAAUGAUGAACAGGUGGAGUAUAUUGAGUAUUUAAGCCGGAAAGUGAGUACAGAAAUGGGGCUGCGAGAGCAGCUUGACAUAAUUAAAAUAAUCGACCCGAGUGCUCAGAUAUCUCCAACUGACAGCGAGUUCAUCAUUGAGCUUAACUGCCUAACGGAUGAUAAACUAAAACAGGUAAGGAACUACAUCAAAGAUCACAGUCCACGCCAGAGACCUGCAAGUUUGCGAGACAGCUGGAAGAGGAGUGUCCCCAGCAGUGCCAGUGCUGUAAGUGUGCAGAGCAGCAGCAGUGUCAGCAUGGUUAGCACCACCAGCAGUAGCGCAAGUUCUAAUUCGUCCACAAGCAUCAGUUGUGCUCACAGUGAUGGCAACCUGGCCACUGUGGCUGAGCGCAUCCGAGAUUCCAAGAAACGCUCAAAGCAGAGAAAACUACAGCAGAAGGCUUUGCGUAAAAGACAUCUGAAAGAACAGAGACAGGCUCGCAAGGAAAGACUGAGUGGUCUGUUUCUAAAUGAAGAAGUACUGUCACUCAAAGUCACUGAAGAGGACGACCAUGGAGAUGACAUAGACAUCCUAAUGUGAUGAGACCAAAUUAUAUGGUGCUUCCUCUAAUCCAUGUCAUUUCACCUCUGUCAAUCUUAUAUAGUAAAGAGCUUCAAAAAACAAAAACAAAAAAAUGACAGUGAAUAUAAAUUGAAUAUAAUGUCAAAAUUAUAAAGCAGUAAAAUGGUUUAAUGAACAUUAAAAUAAUUCACAGCUACUUGUCAAACUAGACCUAUAAUUGAUCAAUCAAUUUCUUUUACAUUGUUUGAAUUUUUCUUCUUUUAUUCAUACCUUUUAAGUCAAAGUGUUGCACAAACAUGAACCGGAAAAUGAACAUAAAGAAGCAAAAUGUUCAUUAGUUUGUGGAUCAACAAUUUGUGACUUAAGAAAUUAUUUAAAAAAUGAAUAAAAAUGUGGAUGUAAUAUGUA